AUGUGUGAGGCACCCAGAGACGACACUCAGAGUCUGCUCAAGAACCUGGAGUGUGGUGUGCAGACCCCCUCGGGAACGGGCUCCCCAUCAAGGAAGAGGAGGAGGAGGGAAGCACAGCCAUCCAAGGAUGCUGGGGUGCUGGAGGAAUGUGAGCCGUCUUUCAACAGCAACAUCACAGCAUUUGCACUGAAGGCAAAAGUCGUCUAUCCCAUCAACCAGAAAUUCCGGCCUCUUGCUGACGGUUCGUCCAACCCAUCUUUGCACGAAAACCUAAAGCAGGUGGUGGCUCUCCCAAACCAAGUGACAGAGGCCUCCCCCUCCAGCAGCCUGGGGAGCCUGAGCCAGGCCGGCAAGGAUGAUGGCAGCUCCUCGUCCACCAUCCACUCAGCCACCAGUGACGACAGGUUCCUCAGCCGCUCCUUCCUCCGGGUGCACACCUUCCCUGAGGUGCUGACCUGCGAGAGUGUAGACAUUAACUUGUGUGCCUACAACCUUCACUUAAAAGACCUGCUGCAUUUGGACUCGGCGCUGAGGCAGGAAAAGCAUAUGAUGUUUAUUCAAAUUUUUAAAAUGUGCCUCCUUGACCUUCUUCCAAAAAAGAAGUCUGAUGAUGAGUUAUACCAGAAGAUUCUUUCAAAACAAGAAAAUGACUUGGAGGAAUUAGAAAAGGAACUUCAGACCAAGCUGUCAAACACGGAAAUGUUGGGUGCCUGUGACUCUGAAUACAUCACCCUGGCCGACGUGGAAAGGAAGGAGAGAGAAUACUCUGAGCAGCUAAUAGAUAACAUGGAAGCUUUCUGGAAACAGAUGGAAAACAUCCCACACUUUCUGGUGGACCAGUUUAAGUGUUCCAGCUCCAAAGCCCGGCAGCUCUUGCUGACUCUAACAGAAAGAAUGAUCGAAGUCGAGGGGUUACUGCAGGAAUCUCAGGACGUGCACGCUCUGGACAUCCUGGAGAGGACCCUGGCACGGGAGCACAUGGCCAAGAUGAUUGAGUGCCUGAAGCUGCAGAUCCAGGAGGAGACCAGGUGCCGGCUGGCCGCCAUCUCCCAAAGCCUGGAGCUGCUGACGGUGGAGGGGAAGCUGUCCGGGCAGCAGAAGGAGGAGCUGCUGACCCGGCAGCACAAGGCCUUCUGGGAGGAGGCCGAGCACUUCAGCAGGGAGCUUGUCCAGCGGGGCAAAGACCUCGUCAGGGCGUCGCUGGCCCACCAGGCGGAGGCCACCAGCAGACUUGCGCUGGCCCAUGACAAGGAGCGGAGAAGCUUCCUGGCCGAGGCUCAGCCGGCCGCCGACGCAGAGGGUUUCCUCAAGGCGUUUCAUGAGGUCCUGGAGAGGCACAGGCUGACGUGGAGCCAACUGGAGGAAGAGGAAGACAUGAAAACAACAGAGGCCAUGGCUGUGCUCUGCCAGGAACUGUACCACAGCACCGUUGGAACUUUCCAGAAGCUUGUGGACGUCCUAUUCCUCCAGACGCUCUCUGGUGUAACCGGCCUAUCCCAGGCAGAGUGUGAAUACUUGAGACAGGAGGUCCAGGAGAAUGCUGCCCGACAGCUGGGGAAGUCAGACCGCUUCCGGAAACAGCAGUGGAGACUCUUCCAAGAUGUCCAGGAGCAAGAGAAGCAGCUGUGGAUGGAGGAGCAGGCAUUAUCCACUGUGCUGCAGACACACCUGCGAGAAGACCACGAGAGCAUCAUCCAUGGGGUCUUGAACCGACUCACCGGCCUCAGUGAAGAGUCCACGCGGUGUGUCCUGCAGAGCCAUGACCUGCUCCUGUGCUCGGCGCUCCGCAGGCUGGCACUCCGCAGCAGCGCCAUCACCACCCUGGCCCAGAUGAGGCUGUCUGGGAAGAAGAGCCUCCUCCAGGAGCUUCGCGAGCAGCACGCCCUGGAGCAGGGCUCCUCCCAGUGCCUGGACGAGCACCAGUGGCAGCUGCUGAAAGCCUUGGAGGCACGCGUCCUGGAGGAAGCCGGCAGGCUGGAGGACGAGGCCCAGCAGAUGCGGCUGCAGCUGCGCCAGCAGCUCCUGGCCGAGGCCCGGGAAGCCGGGCGGCUCCUGCAGCAGCACACAGAGCGUGCCGUGGGGCAGGCGCUGCUGGGACACGCACGGAACACGGCCACCAGGAGCCGGACCAAGGACAGGGAAGACUUCAAGACAUCACUGAUGGAGGCGGCCGUAGAGAGCGUCUAUGUGACCAGCGCAGGUGUCAGUCGACUGGUGCAGGUGUACUACCAGCAGGUUGAGAAGGUGAUGCAAGACCACGAGGAGAGGAGACUGCAGCAGCUGAGGACCCUGCAGAGUGAGAGAGUGGAAAACUUCAAGGUGAGGAAAAAGCAAGAACUCAGUGACCGUUCAUCGGGGGCCAAGAUGGCAGACGGAGCCCAUGACGCCCCCCAGGCCAUCCACCAGAGGAUGUUGUCACAGCAGAAAAGGUUCCUGGCCCAGUUCGCCGUGCAUCAGCAGCUACGCCUAGAUGCCGGGAAGCAAAGGGCCAGAGCCAUGGACCUCCUGGAAGGCCAGCUGGAGACCCAGCUUCAGGAAGCCGAACAGAGCUUCAUCAUGGAGCUGGCUGCACUGGCCCGGGUGCCCCUAGCUGAAAGCAACUCGUCCUCAAGUAAGCGGGGGCUGUUGGAGAAGCCCCUGAGGACCAAAAGAAAGAAGCCUCUUCCCCGGGAGAGAGGGGAGCCGGGGGUGCCCAAUGACGAAGACCCUGCUUCUGGGGGCCACAUUACAGGACCACUCAGCAGCAAACGGCUGAGUGAGCAAGACGGUGACACUGCAGACGCUGAGGAUGCAAACAAGAUGCUGAAGAAAAGAAGCAAUUGGUAGUUUAUGGCCGGUCGGGCGGUGACGGGGAGCAGUCGAGGCUCCUGGCUGAGACUCUGAAGGCCCCAGCCCACACCUGCUCCCCAGCCAUGCGGGAGACCAGGGGGGGGACAUGGGAGCCCUGGCGUCCUCGUGAAGAUGGGAUCUCCCUGCGGGCCUGACAGGGUGUCGUGAGGGUGGAUGGGCCAUGGGUGUCAGAGAGCCUCAAAAAGCAGAAGUAUGAUUGCCCUUCCCCUGAGAAAAUUUUUUUUUGCCUGGAAACACAUUCUUAUCUCGUUGGGCUUCCCUGGCCUGUGUUUCCGCUCCACUAAUGUUGAACCCUGGUGGCGCAGAGGUUAAGUGCUCAGCUGCUAACCAAAAGGUUGGCAGUUCCAACCCACCAGCUGCUUCUCAGGAGAAAGAUGUGGCCAUCUGCUCCCGUAACAAUUACAGCCUUGUAAACCCUGUGGGACAGCCCUCCUCUGUCACAUGGGGUGACCACGAGUCAGUAUCGACUCCACGGCACCCAACAACGCCUUGUCCUGACACUGCCCGGACCUCCCUCCCCGAGCGGUGCUGACCCCAUUGCCUUUGCAGGUGUCCUGGUUACAGCCUUGGGACCUCUCUGCUCUCCAGGCUUCUCCAUGAAGCUCCCCAGGGCCAGUGAAUGGUCUCCAGGCCUUUGUCUCUGCCACUUGGUCACCCCCACUGUCUCACGCAGCAUGGCCAUUGCCUACCUGUCCUGACCAAGUGGAUUCCCGUCUUUAGCAUUCUCCGUUGCUUGGCUCAUCCAGUAGCUGAGGCCUGGCCACUAUGGGGCUGAAUCUCAGGGCCAAUAGCUCUGACAGGGACCAGGAACCCCUGGCCUGAACGUCUGUCCUGACCACACCCUGGGGCCUGAGAACCCAGAGACCCAUAAUGGCACCUGUAGCAGGCUUUCCUCUUGGGAGCACUUGAAGUUCUUGGAGAGAGGUCUGGCCCAGCCCUUGGACUUGACCUUGGAGGGGAGUGAGCUCUUCCAUCACAUAGCCAUCCCCCCCGCCCCCGCCAGAGGUUCCCAGUGGAUGGUGAGAACAUCUAGAAGCUUCCAGCCCAGCCGCACGUGUUAAACCACUGCCAGGAGCGGCCUUUCCUCCCCAUAGAGAAAAUUGCUUUUUGCUUCUAAACCAGGGGUUCUUGUCCUCAGCACUGUGGACCUUUUCGGCAGAUAGUUCUUUGCAGCAGAGAUGAGGGACCACCGCCCUGUGCAUUGUGGGGUGUUGAGCAGCGUCCCUGGCCUCCACCCACCAGAGCACCCCCAAAUUGUGACAGCCGCAAAAGUCCCCAGACCUUGACGCCUGUCCCCCUGGGGACACCCCGCAGUUGAGGAGCGUGGGUCUGAGCGUGCAUGUCCUGGGCAAAUCCAGCCCACUCCUUCCACAAAUUCCCAGGACAAGGUUGGCUCCGUAGCUGUUGGGGCCUUUGUCUCGGGGAUUUUCUGGACCAUUUGUGGCCUGAAUUUUUAUUUCUUGAAACCUAAGCUAGACUCUCUUAUUCAGGAAUGAAGAGGCUCCUUAACAGAAAAAAUAAUCCGCAAUACUUAUGCCAUUUUUUAGCAUUAACGGUUACCCGUUGCUAAUCCCUAAUUCCUCCCCAGUCAGCUUCCCCCAAAUGAACCGACAGCGCCCUCUUGUGGCUAAAUAAAACAUUCCAUUCUUCA